AUGAAUUUCUCACUCACCACCGUGCUCUUUGCAGCAUCGGUGCUUGCCCAAACACCACCUACGAGCUCCCCCUUCACGAGAAAUAAUCUGGGGGUGUCGUAUAAAAAUGCCACAAUUUUCCCCGGUGUCUGGGUCAGCCCAGAUUAUGUCUCUAACAAGCCUAUUUUCUACGCCACGGACAAUCAAAGGCAUGAACCAGACGAUCAAACAAAAUACAUGAUCAUAAUGCUGGAUUUGAACAUCCCAGAUUCCGAUGUCACGACAGCUGCCAACUAUGACACCUUGCAUCCCGGCCUAGACGGUAACACGACGACCCGUCUGCAUUGGUGGGGUGGCAACUAUACCCUGGGCAGACAUGGCCUGUUUUUGAACUCCAGCGAUGCCCUCGCGGAAUAUACCGCGCCUCGACCUCGGGAUGCCACCAACCACACCUACACUUUAUACCUGUUCGACCAGCCGGAAGUCUACGUGCCCCCUGAGCUGGCACUCAAUGGGACUUAUUACUCUCAGACGAGCGUGGCCCGCUUCAACUUCACGCUGGCUCCGAUUGUGAAGGAGGUUGGUCGGCCGCUUGCUGCUACGUAUUUCUUGAGUAGCAAUCCGUAG